UUUUGGUUAUUGGCUCGCUUAUCCUCAACCUGUAAACAGCUGUACAAAAUUUUUCUUGAAUUUUAUAUUUUCAAACGUUCUCACAAAGUACUAUUUUAUAAACAAGCAUCUAGAUUUUUACGAAACAUUACAUUACCAAGAUGAGUGGAUUGGCAUUACAGAUGAAAAACGUCAAGAUAAACGACGAAAAUGAGAAACCGAAAAAUCUCCAAAAUUCACAAAACACAAAGAAGGCCAAAGUUUUAGGAGAAAGUCAAAAGCAGAAUAUUAUCAAUGUUGACAAAAAAGUAGAAAGCAUGAAGCCAAUUGUCAAAAAACCUACUAAAAAAUCCGGAAGAAAAAUCAACAUCAGUGAAGAACCUUUAUUGAAAGACAAUCCUAAUAGAUUUGUUAUUUUCCCAAUACAGUAUCAUGAUAUCUGGCAAAUGUACAAAAAAGCUGAGGCUUCUUUUUGGACUGCUGAAGAAGUUGAUCUUUCCAAGGAUCUCGUACAUUGGGAUCAACUAAAAGCAGAUGAAAAACAUUUUAUCUCUCAUGUUUUAGCUUUCUUUGCUGCCAGUGAUGGUAUUGUCAAUGAGAAUUUAGUUGAGAGGUUUAGUAAAGAAGUUCAAGUCACAGAAGCCAGAUGUUUUUAUGGAUUUCAAAUUGCAAUGGAAAAUAUUCACAGUGAAAUGUACAGUUUAUUAAUAGACACAUACAUCAAAGACCCUAAACAAAGGGACUUUUUAUUCAAUGCUGUAGAAACAUUACCAUGUGUAAAGAAGAAAGCUGAUUGGGCCCUGACCUGGAUUUCAGAUGAGGAAGCUGAUUAUGCUGAACGAGUUGUAGCUUUUGCAGCUGUGGAGGGAAUUUUCUUUUCUGGAUCUUUUGCUUCUAUAUUUUGGUUGAAGAAGAGGGGUAUCAUGCCUGGUUUAACAUUCAGUAAUGAACUUAUUAGCAGGGAUGAGGGUCUUCACUGUGAUUUUGCUUGUUUAAUGUACCGUCAUCUUAAAAAUAAAUUAACACAAGAGAGAAUAUACUCCAUUAUAACUGAUGCUGUAAUGAUUGAACAAGAGUUCCUUACAGAUGCCUUACCAUGUAAAUUAAUUGGAAUGAACUGUGAUUUAAUGAAGCAAUAUAUUGAGUUUGUAGCAGAUAGACUUUUAGGUGAAUUAGGCUGUGAUAAGUAUUACAAUUCAGAAAAUCCUUUUGACUUUAUGGAACAAAUUUCCCUGGAAGGAAAAACUAACUUCUUUGAAAAACGUGUUGGAGAAUAUCAAAGAAUGGGUGUUAUGUCUGGUAGCCAAAAUAACCACGAAUUCACAUUAGAUGCUGAUUUUUAAAACAUGAGAACUAUUUUAAAUGUUUUAUUGUCAUCAUUGUUAACUGUCUUAUAUAGCACUCGUUUUAAUUUAUCACGUUUUAUAAGAUUUGUUUUAUCAAUGUCUGAAAUCUCAUGAAAGAAUAGUAGCUACAUGAUGUAUUUUAUGAACUCAUUUUAAAUAAUUGUAGAAAAAUGUAAAAAAAAUUGUACAUGUUUGUGAAUUCUAUUUAUUGUAAAUUGUAUUAAGUGUGUGUAAUGAUUUUUAUAAUUUUGUCUCUCAUUGUUCAUAACUCAUUCAUUAUUUCACUCACUUAUUGUCUUGUACUAUUUUAGUUGAUUUUAUUUUGCUAUAUAUGAUCGUUCCAAUA